AUGCCGCAGACUUAUGACAGCAAGUACGCUCUCUCCGUAUGCAAACAGUGGCGUCCGAAUCUGUCUGUGAGGAGCAGCGUCAAGUCCACGGCCCCGCAUCUGACGGACAUCAAGAUCGUGGCCCGGAUAGUCCGGACGGUCGUGCAGGCCUUCUUCGCUGACCCUGCCAUGCUCGCUGCGAGGAGGGAGCUCGACCCUGACGGACCAGACCCGCUGUACGUUGGCUCCAGCGCUGGCCCCUGGGUCGCCGGGGACGACGUGCGGCUUGCGGGCAACAACGGCCCCUUGCGGCGCAGCCUCGUCUUUAUGGAGCAGUCUCCUCUGUUGAAGGUGGUGCAGAGCAAGCUGUGCAGCCAGCGCUUCGAGGACGUCGUGGGCGCCACGGAUCAGCUGUCAUCCUUCGCCCUACGCAACCUCCGGCACCCGGCGGAUGGCGCUUUGCAGAUGCCACGCCCAGGGGCGACCCCGGAGGUGCCGCCCGCCCAGGGGCAGGAGGAGGCUGGCGAGGGAGCCCCAGGCGUGCUGGAGUUCAAGGCGGCUGCCAGGUGCCCCUGGUGCUGCAAGUCCUGCAGCGCGCCAGACGCCAAAGGCUUCAGGAAGCUCAACUUCGGCGAGCGGCUGCAGUGCAAGUGGUGCAACAUGCCGAAGAGCACCCACUUCUGCGGGAAGCCCGAGCACGCGGCGCCCUCGCGCAGCAGCGCCGAGGUCAAGCUCGCCCAGGUGCUCGACCAGCUCAGGAUGUUCAAGGCGGCGGCGGGCCAGCCUGGGCCUGGUGGAGCGGCGGACCCAAAGCGCCGGCGCCUGGAGCAGCUGGAGAAGCAGCUGGGGGAGAUUCGGCGCCGGGCGGACAUGGAGGAUGAGGUCGAUGACUUCGUGGAGACUGCCCGCAACAGGAUGGCCGAGCUCGAGGCGGAGCGCGAGCAGCUGCGCCAGGAGGUCUUUCUGGCCAAGCCAAAGGAUGUGCAGCUCAAGAGCCUCGCGGACCAGAUCAAGAAGCUGGAGAAGCAGCAAGAUAAGGGCCGUGAGGAGAUGGAGGCAGUGGCGGCGAAGCAGAAGGAGCUCGAGGCCAAAGCCGACGCGCUGCGCCUGGCGGACGUCGAGCGUGAGGCAAGGCUGGUCGAGCUCAGGGCGGAGCAGCCACGCGCGCUGGGCAAGUUGGCGCAACCUCCUGCUGUGGUGCAUGAUGGCCUGGAGGGCGAAAUCGAGGUUGAGGGCCUCGAGUUCUCCGCUGACUUCCUGGGCAAGGUGCUCGGCUCGUUCGGGGUCGAUGGGGCCCUGCAUGCGUCUUUGCUGGGGCAGGCGACCAAGUUCGAGCAGCAGUGCCGCGAGGCCAGGGCUGCGGAGGCUGCAGCGGCAGCAGCCGUCAGGGCGGCUGAGCGGGCCGGCGUGCCUGGAGCGGGUUCCCUUGAGGAGGGCCGCGUCCCGAUCCCUGGAGAAGGGGUCCCUGCAGGAUGCGACGCCGUGGACGACGAAGAGCCGGACGUCGACGCGCAGCUCAGCUUCCUCACGAAGGUGGGAGCCGCCCCAGCCGGGGCCGAGGGCAGCGAUCGCCCUGCUGAUGACGACGUGCGCGAGGCCUUCAAGCGGUUCCACGCCGACCUGGACAUGUUGCCGCCCAAGUGGGACGAGUUGUGCGAGGCUGACGAGCAAGCUGCCCUCGACCUGGGCGACUGCAUCUCCUGGGGCACGGGCGGAUGCCCGAGCCAGGGGGGCCAGGUGCAGUCUGGUCGCAGCGCGGCAGGGGCUGCUGGGGGCACGGUGCUGGGGCGGCAGCACGCGGGCGAGCCGCAGGCGCGCGGCGCUGGGGCAGCCUUCGGAAGGGAUGGGAAUCAGCAGGCCCCAUCGGGGCUGCUGGGGGUGUUCGGCUUUCAAGGGUGCGGCCCCAGGAUGUCAGAGUCGGCUGACCAGAUGGGGCAGCCACAGGUGUCGGCCUCAGGGCACGGCCUGCAUGAUGUGCCUGGAGGGAUGCAGCCCCUCGAAGUCGCAGCCUUCCCCCGCAUGGACUACGUCAUCGGCAGCUCGUUGGAGGCGGGCGAACUGGAGAUCGACGAGUUCGACAUUCCUGCAGGCCAGGAAGGCUCGGCGCCAGGUUGUGCUGGCCCGCCGUGUGACCGUGGAGGCCAGCGCGCGCCCAUGGUCAAGGGCGGCUGCUGCCUAGUCACUGCCAAUGUGACGUCGCGGGGGCCGCUGAACGAGUACCUCGUCCAGGCGGAUGGCCAGACCACCCUGGCUUUGGCCGUGCAGGAGCAUCACUGCGUGGCUGGAAGCGGCUCCAAGAUCGACUACUUCGUGGUGUCCAAGAGCCUGGCGGGCUUCACCGCGGCGCCCCCGCGGCUGUACAGGGGGGCCAGCACGUGGCCCCACUGGCCCGUCCACCUGCCCCUGCGGUCCGUGCGGGUGGAGGCGUGGCAUCAGGUCCUGGACGAGCCGAGGGCUGUCCCCAGGGAGCCCGCCAAACCUGGCUGCGCCCGCGGCCCGUGGCGCUGGAAGGAGGUGACGCGCUGUGUCCAGGCCACGCACGACGACCAAGGCCUGCAGAUCAUUUGGGACCUGCUGCGGGAAGGGGUCGAGACGGAGAUCCUCAACAGGCGGGACCUCGUGGGGCCCGCCCGCCGUGCCUUCGCAGGGCGUGGCACGAGCGGGGCAGCUGCUGGCUUGAAGUGGGAGGUGGCUCAGUGGAGACCACCCCUGAAGCGGAAGCUGCGGGGGCCAGAGGCCCAUGCCUGGGCCGCGCUUGCUGGGUGGGCGUCCGAACUCCUCAGCAAACGGGACCGCCAGGUCAAGCUGCUGGAAGCUCUGGAUAGUCGAUUGCGGCCACCCUGGCGCACCUCGGAAAUCAGGGACCACGUGCACUGGCGCAGCCUGCCGCCGCGGACACAACUGCCUUUCCGCGCCGACGCCAACUGGACAGAGGACGGCUUCGAGCAGGGCCUGAAGCGCGCGCUGGCCGAGGCGAAAGAGAGGCAGAGGAAGAUGGUACAGGCCGGCGAGGCCCGCUGGAAGGAAUGGGUGGACGAUGCCUUCCUGGGAGGCGCUGGUGCAGCGCACGCUGCAUCCAAGGUGCCAGUGCUCCAGGAAGUACUGCCCGCGAUACAGGAGGAGGGUUCGGCAGCCCUGGUGGACAGGGAGAUGAAGCCGUGGAUCGACAUCUGGAACUACCACGGCCUCACCAGCAUGGAGCUGCCGAGCGACGCGCACUUGUGGGACGCGCGGCCACCACGGCAGCUGCACGACAUCCGCGACGUGCUACGCUCCUUCCCCUGGCGCACGGGAGUGGGCCAGUCGGGCAUCCCGCCGAGGGCGCUGGAGGACCUCUCCGACGACGCCCUGCACGCCAUGAUAGCGGUUUUCCACAAGUGCGAAGAACUCCUAGCGAGGCCGAGCGGCCGCCUCAUCAACACCAUGGUGAGGUUGCCCAAGCCUGACGGAGGCAGCAGGCUGAUUGGCCUCAUGCCGACGCUGGUGGGAGUGUGGAGCAGGGCGAGAAGGCCGAUCACCAAGGUGGCCCUCGACCUCUGGAAGGCCUACGAGAUGGCGGCGCCCGAGGCGCAGCUGGUGGAGGCCCGCGCACUGGGAUUCCCCAUGAGACUGGCGUGGAUGCUGCUGAGCUCCUAUCGGCAGCCACGAACGCUGGCAGCGUUCAACACUACGUCGGACCUCUUCGUGGCCUGGCAAGGCAACAUCGCAGGGUGCGGUCAUGCUAACUCGCUGCUGCUGGUGCUCACGCUCCGUGCGCUGCAACGGGCGCACACCAUUGCGCCAUCAGUGACGCCGCGCGGCCUGGUGCACGACGUCACGCUGGACUGGAGCGGCCCACGGGGCGAGGCCGACGACAGCCUGGCGGAGGCUCCCAGGAGCUUCGCGUCGAGCAUGGUGGAGCUCAGGCUGGUCAUGCAGCCGCAGAAGUCAGGCUACCUUGCGUCCUCCAGGCGGAGGGCGCGACUGCUGGCGCACUCCAUGCAGAGAGCGGGCCUCGCGGAGAAGUUCUGGGUGCGCAACCUGGGGCACGAGCUCCACGGGCGGAAGGUGCCCCGCACGCAGGAGAAACGCCGUCUGCAGGCCCUCGCGGCCAGGCGCAGCCGAGUGGCCAUGCUCAGGCGGGCUGCGGGGAGGCGUGCCACUGCCCUGGUCGCCACGGGGCUGUCCCCCUCGGCUGGACAUGGAGCUGGGGUGGCGGGCCUGGCGGAUCGGCCACUUGCACAGCUGUGGACGGUGGCGGCGGUCACGGCAGGGGCCAAGGCGGGCUGUGGCUCCGCUGCGGUCAUGCUGCUGCAGAGGAGGGUGGACUACGACCCCAUCUAUGCGGCCACCAUCCCGCUGGUGAUGCGCCUGGCCAGCCGCAUCUGGGAGGGACGAGGAUCCCUGGCCAGCCUGAACGCUAGCUGGUGUAAGCUGGCGGAGGCGAUGCGAGCGGGCACAUUGACCUGGGCCACGGCGCAUGGCCCGCUCGGGGCCACGUGGCUCACGCUCGGCCGCAUCGGCUGGACUAUGACAGCAGCGUGGGCCCUGCAGUCCGACCUGGGCGAGACGCUGCCCAUGCUGCGGGUCGCCCCCCGGGGCAUCAAGGACGCGCUAGUGGAGGGCAUACCGCGCUGGCAGUGCAGGCGGCUGGUGGCCCACCUGCCAGAGGGCCAAGGCGGCGUGGGCUGGGGGGGGCACUUCACCAACGCCUGGAGGCAUGCCCGCGGCUACACUGCCUCCGACCUGUGCCGGGCGUGCGGGGGUGCCAAGGACACGCUGAUGCACAGGUGGUGCGCCUGCCCUGCCCUCGUGGCGCCGCGGGGCGACGAGCUGAAGCACGAGGAGCCGCUCCGCAAGCCGAUCGCGGCGAUGAGGCACCAGCUGGAGGAAGCCGAGCAGAAGUGGACCAUCGGGGACAGCGAGCUGACGCUGGCGUACGGCUUGCCGCUGAUGCCAGCGCUGCCGCCGCCCGCGCCGUCGGACAACGUGGUCAUCGAGUGGGGCGCCACGCAGGAGGAGUGGCCGUCGGUGGUCUACACGGACGGCUCUGGGCACGCCUCCAGAGUCCCCGAGGCGCGCAGGUGUGGGUGGGCAGCCGUGGCCCUCAGGCCUGACGGGAUCCCCCUCAAGGCGGCCUACGGGCCUCUGCCUGGGCCACGCCAGACCGUGGGGAGGGCGGAGCGGCGCGCGUGCCUGGCCCCGCUGGCGCAAGCUGGCCUCGUUCAGGUCAUCGUCAGCGACCUGCAGUCCCUGGUCACGGAGGGCAAUGGCUGGUCCCCGUCGGCGCAGCCGGCCAGAGCGAGGCAUGUCAGCAUCUGGAGACAGCUUCACGCGGCCGCGGCGAAGCGAGGUGGGCCGCCGCCGAGGUUCCGUUGGGCGCCUGCCCACCGCACCCUCCAGCAAGCGCCGGACGAGGGCUUGCGCCCACUGGACUGGCUUGGGAACUGCUGGGCGGACUUCUUCGCCAACCUCGGCGCCGCGGUCACCAGACUGCCGAACAACACGGCGGAGGCGCUGCGCGCGGAGCUCAAGCGGGCCCUGGACACGGCCACGUGCCUGGGGUGGGCGGCGGCGCGGAUCUGCCAGCUGGAUUUGUGGAAGCCGCUCGGGGAGGACGGCAAACCCCAACGCAGGCAGGUCUGGAGGGAGCCAGCUGCCCCGAAGCUCAGCCUCACGAGGCACGAGUACCAGGUCACCAGUUCAGUCGGGGUGCAGCGCGUCCACUGCGGGCGCGAGGCCUACACGGCCAAGGCAAGGGAGCUGCUGGACUGCAAGCCUUGCCAGCCCACGGAGCUGGGCAGGAUGCGAGCCCGCUGCCGCCAGGGUCGGCCUAUGGCGAGCCCGGCUGCUGCAAGCCUGCAGGCGGCUGAGCGCCUGGAGGAGGAGGAGCUCCUGCCCAUGAGUGGAGCGGCCGCUGCUACACAGGGCCAGAGCCAGAAGUGGACGAUGCAGCAGAAGGUCAACUACCUGCUGGAGGCGGCCAAGGGCACCCCUGCUGAAGGGACCGCUGGCGCUGCAGCUGCGGGGCAGCCACAGGCACAGAGGGGAGGGCGGCCUGAGCCCCGCCCUGGCCCAGGACGGGGGCUCGCCAGCACUGGGCGGCGCGUGGGCCUGGAGCGGCCGCGGGAGGGAAACGACCGCCGCGCCAUCGAAGCGUGGGACCGCUCGGGGCCUUUAGAGGCCGCCCUGGGCUUGCUGGCCAGCUCCUGGGUCGCUGAUCUGAUGGGCCAGAGCCUUGCCUACGCGUCCUGGAUGGAGGAGCGCGUCGAGUACGUGUACAAGAUGCUGGGCGAGGAAGUCGACCGAGGCUUCUUUAUGCACAACUGCGCCGAGACGCGCAAUGCGGAGAGGCUGAGGCGGGCCGAGGAGUUCUGCGAGCGUGGCUGGUGGGACGGCGGGCCGUUCAGGGAGCCCCACAUCGACGAGGCGCUGCAACUGGAGGGCGAAGACAGGCAGAUCAAGCUCCUACGACUGCGCUGCUACCACGCUGCGGCGCGGGCCUUCCUGUGCGACCGUGGCAGCGCGCGGCGUGCUGGGGGGCGGCGAGGGCCGCUCUACUUCACUUUCUUCGAGCCCGUUGGGCGUAGCCACCCUCUGGAACACAACGAGUCCGAGAGCAACAGCAGCCCCGAGCCUGACGCCGUGUUCGGCCUCGAGGCCCUGCGCUGCAUGCUGAGGGCCUUCGCGAGCUGCUGGGUGUUCGACCUGCGCGACUCCGAGGCUGCGGAGAGUACCUGGCCAGGCAGGGAGGAGACGAGGGAAGAGGCUACCAGGCUUGCAGGCUCCAUAGGCCUGAGGGCGCGGGUGCAGGCAAUAGUCAGGCAAGCCUGGCUCAUGGAGGCCGACGUGCGGCGCUUCACGGUGGAGCACCUGAUGGACAUGGCGACCCUGGAGGAGUGGCUGCACUUCGCCGCCAUGCAGUGGGCCACGCUGGAUGAGGUCUGCCACACCAUGGAGGACGUCAUCGGAGAGGCAGUGGUCAACCUGCCUGGGCUGCCUGGCUUCGCGGGGCCCCUGCCUGGACUGGGCCCCUCUGGCACCAGCGAGCAGCCACCCCGCCAGGCUGGGCUGCCGCGGCCCCAGGGCAUCCGCAGCCGAGGGAUCGAGGCCUUGCGGCGGCUGUGGCCAGGCACCUGGCAGAGACCUGGCGACCCGGGCAGCGGCAGCGGCGGCGAGCACGACUUGCCGCACCCCGACGCGGCGCCAUCGGGGUUGCCUCCGCCCCCGCCUGCGGCCGCAGCGGGGCAGAUGCUGCAGCAGCAGCCAGCAGGGGCGGCUCAGGGCGUUCAAGGCGAAGCCGCCGCCGAGGGGGACGGCGGCCCCAGGCUGGAUGACGGGGGAGGCGAGGCUGCGGCUGCGCGAUGGGCGGAGGGCCUCCCUGUGGCGGCGGCCUGCGCUGUGGCGGCGGCGGUCGCGGCGGCCACCGAGCCUGACGCGUGCGGCGGAGGUGCCCAGGGGCCGCACAAGGGGGCCCGUGCGGCCCAGCGCUCGAGGAGCCCUGCGCGAGCGGCAGGCCCCCGCACUCCGCGUGGGGGGGUGCAGCUGCCCGAGGCGCACCACGGGCACGGCGUGCGCAUCGCGGGGCCCUACGCGUUCUGCUGCAGGUGCGGUGCGUUUUCGAAGCUGGAGGGCGUGGACCGCGCCAAGGGCCUGAAGGCGGUGCGCGGCGGCAGCCUGCCCCCAGGGCCGCAGGCCACGGCGGGAGAGAAGAAGAAGAGGCUCUACCUGAGCCGAUUGCUGGGCGGCAAGGACCCAUAUACUGGGCGGCCGCUCGGAUGA